CCAGAGCUUCACAGCGGCAUCUAUUGCUGUUACUUUAUUUUUCGUUAGAAGUAGAGUAGACAACCAUUCAAGAUGCAUGAUACGAUGGUGCGGCUGGCCGACGUGUGGAAGACGUGCAACAAGAUCCGCGCGGCUGCCUUCCGCGUCGGCCUCAACCUCUGGGACUGGUACCGCCCUCUGGACCCGGAGGGCAACUCCCUCAUCUCUGAGUCGAAGUUCGUGUCGAUCCUGGCGGGCCCGCUGCGCGCCGUGGUGGGCCUCUCGGACGCGGAGAUCGCGCAGCUUGCGGACUACUUCCGCGCGCAGGACGGUCGCGUGCUCUACCACCAGCUGUGCCAGAUCAUACACGGGGAAGAUGCGGGCGGCCGCGACAAGACAUCGGCGGACUGCAUCCUGGAGGCAUGCCCGCCGCCGCCGGAGCCCGCCUGCCACCGCCUGGACAAGUGGCAGCUGCGGAGACUGUGCUGCCUGCUAGCCACCAUCGCCGACCGCGAGAUCCCGCUCAAACCAUACUUCCAGGACUAUGAACUGGUAGCGAAGAACGACGGUCGGAUAACGUUGUCCCACUUCGCGCGCAUCCUGAACUACAUCGGGAUCCUGGUGUCGCCAGAGGACUUCAACCUGCUCGUGCGCCGGUUCAUCAAGGACUCCUAUACCCUGGACUACGUCGAGUUCCUCAAAGCUGUCGAGGCUGUGAAGAAGGAGGGCAUCAAGGGACUGGGGCCGGAGUACCAAAACCCAGGAGCGCUGAUCGAUACGACGCUGCCGAAGCUGGUGCGGCCCGAGGUGGCGGCGGGCAUGUCCACGGCGCCGCUGGGGCCCACCGACGUGUUCCACCCCGUACUGGCGCAGCCCAAGCCCACCAGGCAGUUGGUAGAGCUCAUGCUGCGGGUCCAGGAGUACGUGCUGCAGAAGAGAAUCCGGGUGUCGGAGUUCUUCAGAGACUACGACCCCCUGAACUCGGGCCGCAUCGCGCCGACACAGUUCCGGCGCGCGCUGGACCAGUGCGGUAUCGGGCAGCAGCUGACGCCCGACGAGGUGCUCUGCAUCAUGAGGCACUACGUCGACCCCAACGACACGCAGCGCGUCUGCUGGCGGACCUUCGAAGAUGACUGCGACCAGGUGUUCACAAUAAAGGAACUAGAGAAGCACCCGGAGGUGCGGCCGGGCGGCGCGGCGGCGCUGGUGGCGGCGCUGCCGGCGCGCGGCUCGGCCGAGGAGCGCGGCGGGCCCACGGCGCCGCAGCUGGACCUGGCGCAGGCCGCGCUGCUGCGCGUGCGCGCCGCCUGCACCGAGCGCUCCAUCGACCUGCGGCCCGCCUUCAGCGACCAUGACGAGAACAACAACGGGCACGUGUCGCGCGCGCAGGUGCGGCGCGUGCUGGCGCGGCUGGGCGUGCUGCCCACGGCGGCGCAGGUGCGCGCGCUCGAGGCGCGGUACCUCGACGACUGCGGCUUCAACUAUGUGCAGCUGCUCAACGAGAUGGAGGUGCGCCCGGUGGAGAGCGCGACGAUCGCGGGCCCGUCGCCGGCGCAGCGCGCGUCCCCCUCGGCGGCCGUCGACCCGCUCGAGACAGACAUCGUGCAGAUCCUAGCCAAGAUCAAGGGCAAGAUGGUGCGCGAGGGCGUUCGUCCGUACGAGUUCCUGCGGCAGUUCGACCCCAACAAGGAGCUGGUGGUGCCCCGGGCAGAUUUCUACCGCGGGCUGGCCUCCGCCGGGCUCGCGCUCACACCGCUCGAGAUGGACACGCUCAUGGAAGUAUUCUGCGCGCCAGGGCGCCGGCGCUUCAUCGAGUAUCACCGCUUCUGCCUGACGGUGGGCGAGGCCCUGACGCAGGGCAGCCUGGAGCGCGCGCCCCUGCUGCAGCCGGUACCCCACGUGCCCACCGUGGACUCGCCGCUCAACUUCCUCAACUUCGAGGAGCGCUCCAUCGUCUCUGGAGCGCUCCAGAAGCUCGCCAAGUUCCCGGACCAAUUGUCGAAUAUACUCGAAGUAUUCAAGGACAUGGACCGCGAGCGGUGCGGCACGAUCCCGCGCGUGUCGGUGGAGCGCGCGCUGUGCCAGCGCGACCUGCUGGCGCUCGUGUCGGCCAGGGAGCGCGACCUCAUCUACAAGUGCUUCGGGUACCGCCGCGGCUGUGGCGACGAGGUGAACUACCGCGCGCUGGUAAACGCGCUGGAUCUCAUCUACGCGACGGCGAGUGCGCAGCCCUGCUAACCUGCGCCGGCGCACGCUACAGCCUCCUGUGGUAUUUCCCC